CUGAUGGCGGAAGUUAGUGUUUGCGUCUCACGGCUGCAUCACUUUGACGCACAGAGCGCUUCUGGUUCCCUGAUCUCCACAUUUACACUCCACAUUUUUUCAGUUUCUUAGACCAUUCUUCUGUAAUUUUAUGGUUCAGACUUUGAGACAACUUGCAGAUAAGGCAGAUGAGCUCUUUUUACCAAGAAGAGAAGGAGAGUGAGUUAAGGCUCUCUGGAGAUCUCACUCAAGUGAACUCCGAGGAGCUGGAGUUUGAUUACCUGUUUAACUAUGAGCCACCUGACAGCAACUUUCCUUCUGGAGAUCUUAAAGAUGACACCGAUCUCCACAUACACGCACACCCUUACCCCUUGGGCGAGACUUCCCCCUACACUGAAAGCAGCACUGAAGCUCUUUCUGGCUAUGAGCACCUGGAGCCUAAAAAUUACGUAGAGCAAGUAAGAUCUGGUCCCCAAGCUGUGAGCCCCAGGAUUGAGAUCACACCAUCACGUGAGCAUCACAGCCAUGGGACCAACUCACUCCAUGACCCACUGGUGAAUGCCAGCCCCAGGCCUACACUCACUGUGCCUGGUCUGGAUGGUGCCAUUUACCGUGAGCCUCUGUGCCUGAGCCCAGCCAGCAGCAACUCUUCAACCUCAUGGCACUCUGAGACUUACUCGCCUUUCGCAUCACCCUGUGUGUCCCCAGGUAGUGGGCAGGUUGUGGCUGGUGAGCUGUGUCCUCGCUUCCAAAACAUCCACACAGGCUCUCCUCGCACCAGCCCAGGCACAUCACCUCACACUAGCCUGACUGAGGAAAUCUCAUCUCCGAGGCCCAGCUCUCGCUCUACCUCGCCUCAGGGCAAACGCACCUACGACAUGUACAGGAACCCAAAUCUGGUGGCUGCUGCUCGAUCACGAAGUCCUUCACCACAUGGCCGCCAUGAUGAUCGUCAUACCGGCACCCAUUAUGGCUCCAACAGCGUGAAAGAAGUUGUCAACGGGUUUGGGCCGGUGUCAGUACCCACAAAGAUUGUCAGAACCACACAGCCAGCCUACACUAUAUACCCAGACGACCAUGGAGAGAGCUACCUGGUGGAACAAGACGUUAAGACCAAAGCAGAGCCAUACUUUGUCAUUCCAACAAUUUGGCCCAAUAAGCUGGUGCCUGGGAUCUGCAGCAUCCCUAUAACGUCUCUGCCUUCUCUGGAGUGGCCUUUGCCCAGCCGCACAGACCAGUAUGAGCUGCACAUCGAGGUGCAGCCCAAACCUCACCACAGGGCACACUAUGAGACCGAGGGCAGCCGGGGGGCUGUUAAAGCUCCAACUGGUGGACAUCCAGUGGUCCAGCUACAUGGAUACAGAGGCAAAGAGCCGCUCGGGCUGCAGAUCUUUAUCGGCACGGCUGACGAGCGGAUCUUGAAGCCCCACGCCUUCUACCAGGUGCACCGCAUCACAGGCAAGACCGUGACCACGACCAGCUAUGAGAAGAUAAUCAAUAGCACAAAAGUGUUAGAGAUCCCUCUAGAGCCAAAGAACAACAUGAAAGCAAUAAUCGACUGCGCUGGGAUUCUGAAGCUCAGGAACGCCGAUAUUGAGCUGAGGAAAGGCGAGACAGAUAUCGGACGGAAGAAUACCCGUGUGCGACUGGUGUUCCGCAUCCACAUCCCCCAGCCAGGGGGUCAAUACCUGUCUCUCCAAGUGGCAUCUCAUCCCAUUGAGUGUUCUCAAAGAUCUGCACACGAGCUGCCCAUGGUGGAGAAGCAGGACAUGGACAGCUGUUCAGUGCUCGGAGGUCAGCAAAUGAUCCUGACUGGGCAGAAUUUCAGUGCUGACUCUAAAGUUAUGUUUACCGAGAAGACCCCUGAUGGACAGCAAAUUUGGGAGUUGGAAGCCACAGUUGAUAAAGACAAAAGCCAGACAAGCAUGCUGUUUAUUGAAGUGCCUCCUUAUAGAGACCCAACUAUCUGCCAUCCCGUUAAGGUGAACUUCUAUGUGAUCAAUGGGAAACGAAAACGCAGUCAGCCUCAGCACUUCACAUAUACACCUCUGCCAGUAUCUUCCACAGUUUCUUCCAUCAAAACAGAACCAUUGGAUGAAUAUGAAUCUGGACACAUUGGAUAUAUGAUGUCCCAGACCUUGGGAGUUUCACCGCACUCCUUUUACCAUCACAACCCCCGUUCAGUCCCCACCUCGGAUAAUGGUUUAAUUCCCAUCAUGGCUUCCUGUCACCAGAAUCAUUCAGGAAUCUCUCCUUCAGACCCCUGCUUGCAGCAGCACAUUGUGUAUCCCCGUGCUGAGAAGAACCUAGGGUCCAGCUUAUACAUCCAAACCGGAGUCAUGGUGCCAGAAGCCCAUCGCUCUGUCCUGGUCCAUACUGGUUCUGCAUCCAAGUCCUCUCACUUGAUUGGUCAGCCUCCUGUCAUCCAGUUUUCCCCGACCAACCAUCAGUUGUUAAGAGGGGGAGAAAAUAUAACUCCACCAGCCCAGGAACAUCAGAACCUCUAUUGUGAGGGCUACAGCCCACAAGGAACUCAGACAGCAGUGGUUUCACGUUCUCCUGCUUCACAACAAGCCCCCCAAACUCAGCAUUACUCCACUGUCAUUCAUCAACAGCCCUACACAAACAGGCUUCCAAAGGAUAGGUCCCCUCCUGGGCAAGUCCAUCCACAAAGGUGUUCCUCUGCUGAGGAGCAGAGAACCUCUCUUCCUGGACGAGUCACUGUCAAGCAGGAGAACCUGGAUCAAGCCUACCUGGAUGAUGUUAAUGAGAUCAUAAGGAAGGAUCUGACAGGCGUGCACGGCCGAGCACAGACAUAAGGAAAAGGAUGCCGCAGGAAGUGUGUGGGACUUGCAGUAGUGCCUUCUUCUCCCUGGAUCUGUUUGCAGUUUGCAGACACUGUCACCAGCACUCACUUGGAUUAUUUCUAUUUUUCGAAAUAUUUUUGACCUCAGAACAUUCUGACACCAAGUAGAUUAUGCUUUAUAGCCCAGGCAAACAAAUAUCUUUGAAACCAGCUUUUUUUUUUUUUUUUUUUUUUUAGCAUCAGUGUGUUCAUUCCUAAAGGCCUUGUAGUUUCAAAGUCCAGCAGUGACUGCUCAUGAAAUACAGCCAGGAUUAACCUGAUUUGUCAGUUUUCAGUAUCUUAUGCUCCCAUAGCCUUAAACAAUUUUGGAUAAAAAAAAGUUCAGUGUAUUUUUAUUCUUGUUAUUUCAUAGUUCAUAGCUCACUUUGGUAAACUCUCAGUUUAGUUCAUCUGGAACAACUGCUUAAUUUAGAAAGACUGUGUAUAGAAAGACUGCUUAAUUUAGAAAGACACAGUUCUUACUUUUGUUAAAUGUUACCAGUUUUUCUAUCAAAUCUUCAUUAUGAUAAAAGCUUCACUUUUUUUCCAAUUGCAACUAAAUGCAAUGUUCUCACAGAGAUUCCUUUAAUGCACAGUGUGCACUUCCUGCCAGUGAAUUAUAUUGUCUUGUAUAUAGUUUCACUCAAAAUUGGAUUUUUAUUGACAAGAUGUAAUUAGAUAUUUUUACAACAUCUGUACAUUUUCUUCUAAUGUGUGAGUGUCUAUAGGGGCUGAAAAAUACAGAGCUGAGUUUCUUUUUCUCUAGCAAACUAUAUUUUGAUAUCUUGUGCCUUUGGCUAUGAAGCUGUAAGCAAAAACUUGGUAGCGGUUUACAGAUGAGCAGAACGACGGUUUCAUAUCUAACAGAGAUUAGCGUGUCUUGCACUACAUUCAGACUCUAACAUCAACUGGAGUUCUCGACUUCUUCUGCUUCGUAUUUCUACCUAAAGUCUUACUGAUAUAGAUAUGUCUAUAACUUUUUAAAUAUUUUUCUAGUGCUAUUUUACAUCAGUUUUAUAAAUUCUACAGCUUGCACAUGAGGUUUCCUUGUUAUAAAUGUAUUGUUUUUUAUCUUUUUAUCGUUUUAUCUUAGAGUUGGUUUUGCCAUAAAUAAUAUGCUGAGCAUAUAUAUGAUAUGAUCUGAUAUGAUAUAUGAUACAUGAUAUGUUUCAAUUCAUCUAUUCAUCUAAAUUCAAAUCUUUAAAUAUAUAAGUGUCAUCCUGUUACAUCACAUUUAGUAAGAAAAAAAGUUUAAUUCUUUUUUUUUAAUAUCUUUUAAAGGGAUAUAAAAAAAAUAGUAGAUGUGAAAUUUGAAGCACUUCUGAUAAGAGUAAUGUUUAAUGUAUCUGUACAUUUUUGGCAGAAUUAUUUCUUUAUCGUAUAAUUAGAUAUAUUUAUAAACGGGUGACAAAUGCUCCCUGAAUGAAUUACUGAUUAUGAAACUAUAAUUCAUAUGCUUUCCUGCGGGAGAUUUUGGACUGACAGGUUAGACUGCACUCUCCUCCACCGUCAUCGUCAUCCAGAUACUAAUUAACCAAACUUUUUAUAGGAGAAUGAUGUUCAUUCCUUUAAACACCAAAUUUCCAGAAGCUAUGCCAAAGAUAUCCUGGUGGACCGUGAUGAACACCUUACUAAGACACUUUACUUAGUUUUUUUUUUCAUUGAACCUUUUCACCCGUCUAUAUGUAUAUAUAUAUUUUUUUUACUGGAGCCAUUAUCUAAGCACGGUGCUCUUAACAUCAUAGCAAUCCCCUGAAUGUCGACUCAUUUUUAUCUGUAAAUAUGCUUUCCUAAAUAUGUAUAAAAUAUUUCUUUACUUCUACUUUGUUACAUUUACUGACUAGUCAAUAGGAAAUCUUUAUUAUGUUUAUGAACCAAAUCAAUUCCUGUCUUGUCAUUUACCAUCAUGUAACCAGGGUUGUAAUAAUAAUAUAUGAACUGCAAAAUAGUUUCGCUGUUUUAGAUUAAUAUAAGACAAUUCCAAUAUUUGCCUAAAGAGAAGCUGUUAUAUCUUUUGUUAACUUCGAGGCUUUAUACCUGCCGGUUUUAUUAAUGCAGUCAUGAGGUGAAUGUUUAAUAAUAGUUGAUGUCUGUCAAGAACAUAAGCAAUAAAUCUGAUUGAAGAAUUGUU